AUGGGGGCUGCCCCCAAGGGCCGCCCCGUCCCCUCUGCAGGGCUGAACUGGGAAUGGGGCUGCAACAGGGCCAGUCCCCCUGCCCCACCGGUCCCUGCAGCGCUGCUGGGGGUGUUUGCUGGGCGCUGUGGGGAGCUGGCCCCAUGCGAGCCCCCCUGCGAAGCGCCCGGCUGCGCGGGCUGGGGGCCAGCGUGCCCUGCUCGCUCUCCCUGCCUCCUCCCGCAGACCAUUCAGAUCAUGACCGGCUUCAUGCACAUCGGCUUUGGUGUCGUCCUCACCAUGCUCACCAGCGUCUACACCUCUUUCUUCAUCAUCGGCGAGAUACCCUUCCUGGGCGGCGUGUCUUUCAUCAUCUCGGGCUGCCUGUCCAUCGGAGCGGAGAAGAGCCCCACAGAGUGUGCGGUGAAGGGCAGCCAGACCAUGAAUGUCAUCAGUGCCAUCUUUGCACUCCUGGGCAUCGUCGCCUUCAUCAUUGACCUGAACCUGAACGGCCUCUACCGCUCCAGCUUUGACUCGUACAACCACAUCAUCGUGUGCCACAGGCACUCGCGCCCUGGCUGGGAGCUGAAGGGGCUGAGCGUUUCCUCGCACGGGGUGCUGCUCACGGGCGCUUCCCCUGGCCCGGAGCUCGCAGGCAACGGGAUCUCUAUCGUGCUGCUCAUCUUCACCGUCCUGGAGUUCUGCAUCGCCGUCGCCACCGCCCACUUCUGGUGCCGGGCCACGCGCGUCCGUCCCAACGAGGGCCUCCAGGUCCUCCUCGGCUUGCUGCACUUUGGCGUUGGUGGCAUCCUGGUUUCCUUCAUCAGGAAGCCUGUGGAGAUGCUGACCAUGGAGUCCUGGUACCUCUUCUGGGGGGGACUCUUGUUCAUCUCCUCUGGCUCCUGCUCCAUGGCGGCAGAGAAGAACCAGAGCAGCUACUUGAUGAAGGGCUGCAUGGCCCUUAACAUCACCAGUGUCCUCGCCACAAUGGUGGGCAUCAUCCUGGUGCUUUGGGACCUCAACAUCUGCAAUGAGCUCUGCUACGGGCCUGCACUACAGCUGGAGCUGCGUGUGACCAGGGGGCUCCUGGGCAUCUUGCUGAUGUUCACACUGCUGGAGACCUGCAUCACCCUCGCCUGCACCUACCUGGGGUGGCAAACCCAGCUGGUUACCUCCAUGCAGGCUGCAGAUUUCAUGGCCAACGUGGUGCCUCCGCCCGUGCUGGUGCUGCCGCCGCCUCCGGCUUAUGACGAGAUAUUUAUGAACACAGACAGACGUGCCACGGGAGCCCCGCUAUGCCCCUGCGAGCCCUCCCUCCACUUGGGUGUCGAGCUGCACCGUCCCGGCAGGGCCCUGCAGAUCCUCAUUGGCGUGGCCUGUCUCGGUUUCGGCGGGGUGGCCUCCAUCAUCUCGCAGCCCUCCUUGAUCUACUGGACUUUGACCGUGGCCACAGGCUACCCGUUCUGGAGCGGUCUCAUGUUUGUCACCUCAGGAUCCCUCUCGGUGGCUGUGGAGUAUGCGGACAAGCCCAUCCUGGUGAAGAGCAGCCUGGGCACAAACAUAGUUAGUGCCAUGUUUGCAGGAACUGGGACCAUCCUCUCAGUGGCAGAGCUAGCUGGAAACAAGAGGUACCAGUUCUCGUCAUUACAGCUCUCGAAAGCUGGCAAUGGGAUUGCAGGCGUGAUGCUCUUCCUCAGUACCCUGGAGCUCUGCAUCGCCGUCCUGCUCUCCUACCAGGGAUACCGGGCUGCCCAGCACCUUCGCCAGCCUGCCCUCCACAUCGUCGCCGGAAUCAUUCGCUUCUGCUGCGGGAUUUUCCUGACCAUGGCAGAGCACCACAUUCCGCUCUCCGCUGUGGCCAGAGGGCUCCUCUUCUGGCUGGGGGUCCUGCUCCUGGUCACGGGGUCUCUGUUGGUGGAAAGUGGAAAAAGAGAGAACAUCCUGCUGGAGGCCAAAUGCCUCCACCAUGACCUCCAAUGA